UGUGGACGCGCGCGACUGCAGCACUUCCGCUCUGACUGAGACACGCGCGUCCACGGACACGAACCGACACAAAGAGAGUUUGGGAGCAUGUCGGAUGAGGACUCGCGUGCCAGCUCAAGUUCUUCAUCCUCAUCCUCCUCCAACCAUCAGCAGCAAGAGAAAGACAUCACUGGGAAGAAGAAAGAGAGCAAAGCCAACAUGAGCAAGGCUUCCAAACUUCUGUCGACCAGCGCCAAGAGAAUUCAGAAAGAGUUGGCAGAUAUCAUGUUGGAUCCUCCUCCAAACUGCAGUGCGGGUCCUAAAGGAGACAACAUCUAUGAGUGGAGAUCCACUAUUCUGGGUCCUCCAGGUUCAGUUUAUGAGGGAGGAGUGUUCUUCCUGGACAUCACAUUCACACCAGACUACCCCUUCAAACCGCCUAAGGUGACGUUUCGUACGAGAAUCUACCACUGUAACAUCAACAGUCAGGGUGUGAUCUGUCUAGACAUCCUGAAGGACAACUGGAGUCCAGCGCUCACCAUCUCCAAAGUGCUGCUGUCCAUCUGCUCCCUCCUCACUGACUGUAACCCUGCUGAUCCUCUGGUAGGAAGCAUCGCUACGCAGUACACAACCAACAGACCUGAGCACGACAGGAUAGCCAAACAGUGGACCAAACGCUAUGCCACAUAAUUGACUCCUGCUGCAGAGUGCUGUCUGCCGGACAUCUCGGGGAUGGGGGGUUAGAAUUAGAAGGAAGUAUGAGGUGGGGGGUGGUAUCCAGCUAUAGGGUAGAGAUACAGGGUGGAUUUUAUGAUGGAAUUUAAAUUCCUAUUUCAGUUGUUUUGUCUUAUUCCCUGCAUAUGUUUUUGUUGUUGUUUUUACUUCCCUUUGGCUCGAGUAGCAUCAUGAUUUGACAGUAAUGGAUCUUUUAAUGUGUUUUUCUUUUUCUUCCUGUUGUAAAUUGAUUUUAAUUGGAGCUCCUUCAUUUUUGUCAAAUGAUAUCUCAGCAUGAGCCUACCCCAAGAUUGUUCAAUGUAUGUAUUUUCCCCACCAAUAGUAAAGUUGAAAUUGGUGUACACA